AUGUCCGUUCUUGUAAAUGGUAGCGCAACAAAGGACUUUAUUAUGGAGAAAGGCUUUCGUCAAGGAGAUCUUUUGUCUCCUUUUUUGUUCGUCUUAGUCAUGGAGGUCCUCACAGCCUUAUUGAAGAAAUCAAAAGAAAUAGGUGAAUUUCGUGAUUUUAGGAUCAAAGGUGAGAAGGAGGUGGAUUUGCUACAAUUUGCGGACGACACAAUUUUUAUAGCCGAAGGAGAUACCGCAAACCUAUGGAGUUUGAAAGCUAUCCUUAGAGGUUUUGAAUUGAUGUCGGGCUUGCGGAUUAAUUUUCAUAAGAGUAAUUUCUUUGGAAUUAAAGUGGGUGAAUUGUACUUGGAAGCCGCAUCUUCUUUCCUUUCUUGUAAAGUGGGGUCCUUGCCGUUCAAAUUCCUUGGAGUGAGGGUGGGUGAUAAUCCUAGAAAGCUAUCGAUGUGGAAAGAUCUUUUAAUGAUGUUAAGAAAAAGAUUGUCCGUUUGGUGA